ACGAUAAAAUUCCUGCGUUCCGCCAGCGGACUCCGCGAGAGUUCUGUGCUCGAGCGACGAGCGAACCGAACCGAACCGAACCGAACCGGGAGAAACGGAACGAUACGGAACGAUACGCACACGACGGACUGUGGUGACCUGCGAGCACGAUGAACGCGGUGCGCGUGACCCUGCUCGUGAUUCUGGGCUCCGUCCAGUUGUGCGGAGCCGAACCGCGGCCCGGAGCUCCAGAUGACCUAUUGGUGAUCACUGCAGCUACAGAAGUGACAGAUGGAUUUCAGAGGUUCAUGCGGACUGUGAGACAGUUUAACUUCACUGUUCAGGUUCUGGGUCUUGGUGAGGAGUGGCAGGGGGGUGAUGUGGCCAGGACUGUCGGUGGGGGUCAGAAAGUUCGCUGGCUAAAGAAAGAACUACAAAAACACAAAGACAAACAAAACACUGUCAUCAUGUUUGUAGACAGUUAUGAUGUGAUUUUAGCCAGUGGUCCCGAGGAGCUUCUUGUGAAGUUUUCUCAGUUCGCUCAUCGUGUGGUUUUCUCUGCGGAGGGUUUCUGCUGGCCGGAUCAGAGACUCGCCUCUAAAUAUCCUGUAGUGCACAAUGGCAAGCGCUACCUCAACUCCGGCGGUUUCAUUGGUUAUGCUCCUGAGAUUCAUGCGAUAGUCCAGCAAUGGAAAUACAAAGACAAUGAUGACGAUCAGCUGUUCUACACUCGGAUCUACCUGGACAAAGAGCAGAGGGGGAAGCACAACAUUACACUGGACCACAAAUCACACAUCUUUCAGAACCUCAAUGGAGCUAUAGAGGAAGUCGUACUAAAGUUUGAGAAGUCUAGAGUCAGAGCAAGGAAUGUGGCCUAUGACACACUUCCUGUCGUCAUCCAUGGCAACGGGCCAACUAAGCUUCAGCUGAAUUAUUUAGGGAACUAUGUCCCGACGGCAUGGACGUAUGAACAUGGCUGUGGUGUCUGUGAUGAUAAUCUGCUGGAUCUCAGUCGGUUAUCUGAGGAAGAGAUGCCGCUGGUUCAUAUCGCUGUAUUUAUCCAGCAGCCAACGCCAUUUCUGCAGGAAUUUCUGGAGAGAUUGGCAACACUAAACUACCCGCAUACGCGCUUACGACUCUUCAUACACAACAAUGUUGUGUAUCAUGAGCAGCAUGUGGAGAGAUUCUGGUCACGUCAUCGCUCUCUGUUUCCCGGAGCCAAGAUUGUCGGGCCAGAGGAAAACCUCCGGCAGGAUCAGGCCAGGACUAUGGCAGUUGAGUUGUGCCGGAAGGAUGUGUCCUGUGAUUAUUUCUUCAGUAUCGACUCUGACGUGGCUCUGACCAAUCCUGAUGUUUUACAGAUUCUCAUUCAAGAGAACAAGGGUGUCAUCGCACCCAUGUUGUCUCGACACGGCAAGCUCUGGUCAAACUUCUGGGGUGCUUUGAGUCCCGAAGGCUUCUACUCUCGUUCUGAAGAUUAUAUUGACAUCGUCCAGAGCAAACGAGCGGGUCUGUGGAACGUUCCCUACAUUACUCAGGUGUAUCUGAUUCGUGGAGAGACUCUUCGCACGCGUCUGGCUGCUGUCUCUCUGUAUCAGCAGGAGGGGAUGGAUGCAGACAUGGCUUUCUGUAAAGGUGUCAGAGACCAGGGUGUGUUUAUGUUUGUGUCAAACACAGAUGAGUUCGGACGUCUGAUCUCCUCCACUAACUACAACAUCAGUCGUCUUCAUCCAGAUAUGUGGCAAAUAUUUGAUAAUCCCACGGAUUGGAGAGAGAAAUAUAUCCAUGAGAAUUAUUCCAGGAUAUUUGAGGAUGGUAUAGAUGUUGAGCAGCCCUGUCCAGAUGUCUACUGGUUUCCAGCGUUCUCUGACAGGAUGUGUGAUGAGCUUGUUGAAACUAUGGAGCACAACGGCCAGUGGUCUGGAGGAAAACACAAGGACGAGCGCUUAUCUGGUGGUUAUGAGAACGUUCCUACAGUAGAUAUUCACAUGAAUCAGAUCCAUUUUGAGAAGGAGUGGCUGAAGUUUCUUAAAGAUUACAUCGCUCCCGUAACAGAAAAGUUAUACCCAGGAUAUUAUCCCAAGGCUCAAGCUGUGAUGAACUUUGUGGUUCGCUAUCGUCCCGAUGAGCAGCCGUCUCUCCGGCCGCAUCAUGAUUCCUCCACAUUCACCAUCAACAUCGCUCUCAACAGUAAAGGCAAAGAUUACCAGGGUGGAGGUUGCAGGUUUUUGCGUUACGGCUGUACGGUGGAAUCGCCGAGGAAGGGUUGGUCAUUCAUGCAUCCCGGUCGUCUGACGCACUAUCAUGAGGGUCUUCCUGUCACACGAGGAACACGAUACAUCAUGGUGUCAUUCGUUGACCCGUGAGAGAUGGGUGUGUGUAUGUUAAUCUGCUCAUGAAACUAGGGCUGGGCCGAUAAACGAUAUCAUACCGAAUUGCGAUAGAUUUUACAUCGAUAACGACGAUAAACUAUUGGUAUUUUGACUCGAUAUGGAUUAAUCUUUCAGACAGCUGAAAUAAACGCAACACUCGGUCAGUGUGCAGCUUUUAGCAUGCACGUCAAAGUACAUGUCAUACCGCACUUGGCAAAGAAAAACUCGACAUGAGGAGGAAAAAAUGACUGUAAGCGGAAACAAAAGUCAAACUAACCUGGAGUUGUGUAAUUUUCCUUCGCAAUCACCGGUUAAACAAAACAAACUUGAGACGCAAUUGCAAGUGAGUUACUUAGAAACUCAAGCACAAACGUUUUUAUAUCCAUCGUAAACAUAUCUGAUAACAUGAGCUGGUGCAUAUGAAACAAACCAGCGCUGCCGUGUACAGAUUAGAGAUGUAAUGUAGUGAGUUUGUUUGCACAUUUAGGCCAGGUUUCACAGACACGGCUUAUUUUAAACCUGGAUUAUCCCUUAGUUGCAUUAAGAUAUUUAUGUUGCUUUUAUAAAAAUGCCUUAGAAUAAUACAUUACUGGUGUGCAUACUGAGACAAAACAAUGGCACUGAUAUAUUAAGAUAUUUCUGGGCAAGUUAUAUUCAGUUAAGACAUGUCACAUAUUCAUUUUAGUCUGGGACUAGCCUUAAAACGUGUCUGUCAAACCAGGCCUAAAAGAUUUAACCUUGUAUGUAACACGCUUGCAUGAUCAAAGAAAUGUGCAACAGUUUAUGUGAGAUGUCUUUUUGAAAGACUAAGGUUCACUGAACGCAUUGAUACCAGCAAGACAUUAUUGCAGCGUCAUGUAUGUGCACAGGUGCUGAGCCAAUAGCUUUCGAACGUGCUCUGUAUUGGAGCUCUUUCAUUGGUUGAAUGAACAUUCCCUUUAGUUAACGAGUCAAUUGAAUCAAAAUGAGACAGAAUGAACUGGUACAUGUUCCUUAUGUCCUUAUAUGCUCUUGUGUUGCAGCAGUGCAUGUCUAACUAGGUAAUAUCAAUGAUUUGGUUUAAUUGAACUGUUUUGUUAAUGAACUGUAUUUAAAAUAAUUAUUUUAAAUACUGUUUUUUAAUUAUUUAUAAAUAUCUAAACAAAUAUCGUUAUCAAUCAGUUUACAUUUUUGUCAUAUCGCCCAGCCCUAAUUAAAACAUCAGAUGUUACUGUUGAGCAGAUUGUCAGAAGUGCUCUCUAACUUCUGUUUCAUCCAAACAUUCACACCUGUAGUUCUUUUUAAAAGUGGGAUGAAAUAUUUUGUUUUACUUGAUUUCAAUUGUUUUAAAGAGAGUCUAACCAGAUGUUUCUUUUUAUACUCAAAGCUUUGUACAAAUCGCUUUAAAUUAUUUGUUGGCUUUGAAAAAAUAAAUAUUGAAAUGAAAA